GUCGGACAGCGGCGUUGUGGUAAACAGACAUUCAGCUCUUUUUCGUUUUGUAAAACUACCCAUUCUUCUAAAAAGGCAAGAUUCAUUAAAGAAAGCAGCCGUUGGAACCCAUAUCACAGUCUUCAGGCGUUUGAAGAACAAGCUUCAAGUUCUUUUCUUGAUAAUCACAACAGAAAUAACGGUUUCCAAUGUCUCAGUAUAAAACCAGAGAGAAAUUGGAGAAAAGGGAGGCAGAUAUGACUAUUCAUCGCCAGUCUGGUUCUUCUGUGAAAAGCAAAUGUGGAAGUGAAGAAAGGAGAGAAAAGGAAGCUCUCAUCACAUCCUCAAGUCUUAAGAGACACGUUCGAGAAAAAAAAUCCAUCACCCCUCCAACUCCUUCCACUUCAUCCUUUUCUCAGCCCACUUUCAAAACGCCUCCAAUAGAACCCCUCCUUGACUCAGAGCUCCGCCCCUUUGUGCUCUCCACACACUGCGACGCCCUCUUCACUUCACUACGAGGACUCAAGGAGGAGGGGCUGCUACUGGACUGCAGUCUUAAGCUCCUAGAUGACUCACACAAAGCUCAUCGACUGGUGCUCGCUGCUGUCAGUCAAAAAGCAGAGGUGUGGCUGUUGUCUGGAGAGGCGGGGCUUAGGGAACUGGAACUGGAUGGAGGACGGAUGACUCCUGCAGGACUUAAAGCUGUACUGGACUUCAGCUACAGUGGAGAAGUGGACAGGGCAGAAACAGAUGAAGUGCUGGAAGCCUGUAAAGAGCUGGAUGCCCAAAGACUGGAGCAACUGUGUGCUGGAGAUGUUCCGCUAAGCGGGAGCAGAGAAAGGGAAAGAAGCCUACAGGUCAUAAGAACACUGUGGGAGAGGAACGUCGGCUGUGAUGUCAUAAUACAAACAGACAGUGGAGAUUGUUUCCCUGCUCAUCGUGUCAUAUUAGCAGCAGGUGCAGACUACUUCCGGGCUCUCUUCUGUGGAGGGUUACGUGAAUCCGGAGAGGAUGUUGUGUUCCUGCGCAGCGUGGCGUCCUGGGUACUGCACCACCUGCUGGACUUCAUUUACUCUGGCCAGCUGAAACUGAGCUGCAGGAACGUGUGGGAUCUGACAGAAGCCUGUUCACAAUUUCAGCUGGAGGGGGCGCUGUCGCUGUGCUUAAACUUCCUUCAGGACAACAUGGAUGAGACAUCUUGCCUGGAUGUUCUGGCUUUGGCUGAAGCCUUCAGUCUGGUGGAUCUGGGCAAAAGGGCAGAGGAAUAUUUUUUAACUAACUUUCAGAGGGUGGCAGAGGAGGAGAAGUUCAGGGAUUUGCCUUGUGACCAUCUGACGCGUCUGCUGGAGAGAGAUAAACUGAAUGCAGAAAGUGAGAUGGAUGUGUUCAGAGCCGUGGUCAACUGGAUCGAGGAAGAUAAUGAGCAGAGAUCGACUCAUCUCUCACGACUGAUGCAGUGUGUUCGUUUCCCUCUCAUGAGACCCGAGGAGCUGAAGGAGGUGCAGAACUGUAAACUGCUAGUCAGGAGUUCAGGAGGGAAAACAGCUUUGAGAGUUGUAAAUAAUCUUCUGCAUGGUGAUCGAAGAACAUCGGACUGCAAGCCGCGCACUCCAAACCAGGUUUUGGUGCUUGUUGGUGGAGAUUGUGUGAAUGAGAAUUUUGAGCGUCGAGAGCCCAACCUGUGCUUGUGGUUUGCACAUCGUUUUGUGCGCGGAGAGGGACUCAUCCGCACAAUCGAUUGGAGACCUAUGGCCUCCCUUCACGAGCCGCCGCGCUUCCGCCACUGUGUUUGCGUCCUCAAUAACACGCUCUAUAUCUUGGGAGGCAGGAAGUACUAUGGUGCCCUGGACAUACUGAAGACUGCACUGAGAUUUGAUCCUGUUCAGGGAAGAUGGGAACGUCUUCCUGACAUGUCAAGCCCAAGAGAUUACUUCGCUGCUGUGUGUCACAGAGGGAAGGUGUUUGUCCUGGGCGGAAACUGCGAUGACAUGAACUGUCUGGACUCAGUGGAGUAUUACUCACCUGACGACAACACCUGGAGGUUGGCUCAUCCACUGGACGUGCCUCUAUGUGGACACGCCGUGGCUGUGUUGAACGGAGAGAUGUUUGUAUCGGGCGGUUGCGACUCUCGUCUGCUCUGCUAUCCAUGUUUGUGGCUCUACGAUCCGGUGCACGGGUGCUCAAAACGCUCAUCCAUGACAGUAGGUGAAGGACGGGCUGGUCACAUGAUGCUGGUUACGGGACAACGAUUGGUUGUGGCCGGGGGGUUGCAGCCAGUGUGUGCGGGGUUUGGAGACCAGCUGCAGUGUGAGUCCUAUGAUCCCGUUCAUGACUCCUGGGCGUCUUUCCCCCCGCUGCCCCGACCUCAUCUAUCGCCCGCAGCGGCUGCUCUUGAUGGACAGCUGUAUGUUUUAGGAGGGUCUUCAGCUGACUCUGCUCGUGAUACGGCCUUGGUUCACCAUUACGAUCCACAAGCCAAGUGCUGGGAGAAACUGGGAGCGUUGCCGCGACCUUAUGCUGAUCUCGCCGCGUGCGCUUUACAGCUGCCUGUCAGCCUGAAGAGCUGAAAGAGAGCAGACUUUACGCAUCUGUGUUAUUGUUGUGUAAUCACGGUAUGGUGACAUUUUCAUUACAUUUCUAAUUGAAAAUUACUGUGAAAGUACUGAAAAUAUUAGUAAUUCUCUAUUAGAAAUGUAAUGAAAAGUUCACCAUCCAUGGUAAACAGGAAAUGUUUGGCUAAUAAUUGCAUGACUUUCACAUUGAAGUAGUUCAGUGCUUUCAUCUGCAGACAGAUUGAUUUGUGAUGUUUCUCUUGACCACACCGUGU